AAUAUUUACAUUUUUUAUUUAAAUAAAUUCACCUGACUUUCUUCUGGUUGGUUAUGUUCUGAGUCCCUAUUACUAACCUUGGUCUUUUAUCUCAGAAGUUGAAGGCUCCCCUGGAGCCAGCUGCAAAGUUCCCAAAGCGCUAACAACCCCACAGCCAAUCAGCUACAGAGUGGGCUGCCCUGAGUUGGCCUCCCAAACACAAAGUCCAGGGUUGGAGCAGGAGCAGGAGAGGGACAAUGGAAGCUGCCCCGUCCAGGUUCAUGUUCCUCCUAUUUCUCCUCACGUGUGAGCUGGCUGCAGAAGUUGCUGCAGAAGUUGAGAAAUCCUCAGAUGGUCCUGGUGCUGCCCAGGAACCCACGUGGCUCGCAGAUGUCCCAGCUGCCAUGGAAUUCAUUGCUGCCACUGAGGUGGCUGUCAUAGGCUUCUUCCAGGAUUUAGAAAUACCAGCAGUGCCCAUACUCCAUAGCAUGGUGCAAAAAUUCCCAGGCGUGUCAUUUGGGAUCAGCACUGAUUCUGAGGUUCUGACACACUACAACAUCACUGGGAACACCAUCUGCCUCUUUCGCCUGGUAGACAAUGAACAACUGAAUUUAGAGGACGAAGACAUUGAAAGCAUUGAUGCCACCAAAUUGAGCCGUUUCAUUGAGAUCAACAGCCUCCACAUGGUGACAGAGUACAACCCUGUGACUGUGAUUGGGCUAUUCAACAGUGUAAUUCAGAUUCAUCUCCUCCUGAUAAUGAACAAGGCCUCCCCAGAGUAUGAAGAGAACAUGCACAGAUACCAGAAGGCAGCCAAGCUCUUCCAGGGGAAGAUUCUCUUUAUUCUGGUGGACAGUGGUAUGAAAGAAAAUGGGAAGGUGAUAUCAUUUUUCAAACUAAAGGAGUCUCAACUGCCAGCUUUGGCAAUUUACCGGACUCUAGAUGAUGAGUGGGAUACACUACCCACAGCAGAAGUUUCCGUAGAGCAUGUGCAAAACUUUUGUGAUGGAUUCCUAAGUGGAAAAUUGUUGAAAGAAAAUCGUGAAUCAGAAGGACAGACUCCAAAGGUGGAACUCUGACUUCUCCUUGGAACUGCAUAUGACCAAGUAUCUACUUUAUGCAAAGUAAAAAGGCACAACUCAAAUCUCAGAGACACUAAACAACAGGAUCACCAGGCCUGACAACCACACACACACGCACGCACGCACACACACACACACAGAGCUUCAUUUCCUUUCUUAAAAUCUCAUUUUCUCUUCUUCCUUAUUUUAAAUGUCAUAUCCUCACUCCCUACCCAAUUUCCUUCUUAUUGUGCAUUCAUACUCUGUAAGCCCAUCUAUAACACACCUAGAUCAAGGCUUUAAGGGACUCACUGUGAUGCCUCUAUGAAAGAGAGGCAUUCCCAGAGAAAGAUUGUUCCAAUUUGUCAUUUAAUAUCAAGUUUGUAUACUGCACAUGACUUACACACAACAUAGUUCCUGCUCUUUUAAGGUUACCUAAGGGUUGAAAAUCUACCUUCUUUCAUAAGCACAUGUCCAUCUCUGACUCAGGAUCAAAAACCAAAGGAUGGUUUUAAACACUUUUCUGAAAUUGUCUUUUUGCCAGAAGUUAAAGGCUGUCUCCAAGUCCCUGAACUCAGCAGAAAUAGACCAUGUGAAAACUCCAUGCUUGGUUAGCAUCUCCAACUCCCUAUGUAAAUAAACAACCUGCA